AAUCUCCCAGUUCAGAUGGAAAACUUUCUUUAUUUGUCUGCGCUUGCAGUCGUCAUUGGUGGUGGUGAUGCCAUGGUGAUGGCGCCGCAGCCUCCGCGUGAAUUCACCGUCGAGGAAUUGGAGCCGCUUGAAACUUGGUUCGAGAGUUGCAACGGAGCCCAGCAGGCCACCAUCGCCGUCAAAUUGCUGAGUCGGGCCAAUCCCAAAGCCGCUCACCUGAUCCACUCCUUUCUCCAGCAACAAUUACUCGUCGCCAACGCCAUCUGGCGCCAGGAGAUUCAACGGGCCAACGAUCCUGCCUUUUUGAACGGAUUACGCAACGAGUCACGCGAUGUAGCCGUCUCUCAACUGUUGCAUUACCUGCCGCUGCUACGGCCGGCCAACUCUGAUGGAGUCCGAGGAUACAUCCAUCUCCUGCCCGGAUUGUUGGCCUCAUUCCUGGAGGACGAUCCUAACCAGGGACCUUCGCCAUCCAGCGCUCAGCAUCAGUCGACCGAAAUUCAGCAGCUCCUCACCUACGCUCUCAUUCAUCCGGCCCUCUCGCUGGAAAGCAAACGGUCACUGGCUGAGCUGAUUCGGCAGCUGGACGACGAAGGAAAUCAAGAUAUGGCGCUGUCAUUACUGGAGAGCAAUCAUCAAGGCGGACUGGACAUGUUUCCUCCGUCGGAUCCGCAAUCUCCGGAUGCCUUCCAUUCACAGGCAACGAGACAGAGACCGCACAAUGGUGUCGGGCAAUGGGAUCCUUGGAGUUCGCCCAGCCCCGCCGGAUUGGGUCCACCAACCAAACAACCGCCACCGUCCAGUUGCACGAUCCAGCGCAUCCGGCGCAGUAACAGCCUGACUCCACCGUCCAAUUCCAUGGUCUAUCCGCAAGAUCCUUGGGGGAGUAAUCAGAACGAUAACGGCCGCAUCAAGCCGAGAUCCUUGUCUUUAUCGUCCCCGAGCGAAACGACCAACGGCCUAUCUCACUGUCCCCUGUCGCCUCAGAAUUCGUUGGCCUCUUCCGGCAGCGGAAGCGGAUCCGACUCGAUUUACAGCGACGAUAACCACCGACCGUCAUCUUUCCACAUCCCCGGAAGUGGCAUGAGAGAUGUCCCGUCGUGGCUGAAAGGAUUGCGGCUGCACAAGUACGCUCAUUUGUUCUCUCUGCUCACUUACGACGAAAUGCUGGCGCUGACUGAAGAGCAGCUGGAACUGCAAGGAGUGACGAAAGGGGCCAGACACAAGAUUGCCCUGAGUAUCCUCCGCCUCCGCGAGCGGCCCACGCUUUUGGCUCAAUUAGAAAAGGAGGUCGUCGACACGGGCAGUUUGCAUAAUGCCUUGAGUGAGCUGAAAAAUUUGCUGUCGACGCCCAUCAAACCGUAUCGCGGCCCGCCCGUAGCCGAUGACCAGCUCUUUAUCGGCAAUUUGAGUCCGUCGCCGUCGCCGCUGAUGACGAGAGAUGACACUUCGGGCUACUCGUCGCUCGACGGGUCCAUGGACAAUUUGGCGGCGGCUCGAGGCCUUUCUACCGGCUCACCCACUGCCUUGGAGACUAGCGACCUGUCCAAGCCGCCGCCCGCCUCUCCACCGUCGACCAUUGGCCAGCAGCAGUCGAGCAGGUCGACCCUAGCGGCCUCUGAUAUGCCGACGGUGAUCGUUUCGGCCGCGCCGGAUGUCGACAGCGCCGAGGAAGGCAGCGACACGUCGGCCGACGACGGGCUGGGCGACAAUCUCUCGUCGGGCAACUUUCGCUCCGCCUUCGGUAACGAGUUGGAGUUGCUUGGCGGGCCGACUCACCUGUCGCUCGACGACCUGCCGGGACAAAUCACUCGCCUUUUGGGCAAAAUUUGCACGCAGCUUUUGGUCUCGUCCUGCCCGGCCGAAGACAACGUUAGCCAGUUUGUGGCUUUGAUGGACCGCUGCUUGAGUCACGAAGCUUUCACCCAGCGCCAGCGUCGGCGCAUUGCGUCAUGGAAGGAACAGGCCCAUCGCAUUUGGAACAAUUUGGCUCCUUCGGCUUCGGCUUCGGCUGGACUCGGCAACGGCACUGCCCCCGGCAGCCGCGGUAGCAACAAUUCGGCAAUUGUGAAUGCAACAAACGGCGGUGGUGGCGGUGUUGUCGGUAGCGGUGGGCCGCAAAAGAGCUCUGAAGCUCGUUUCGCCCGUCGAUGGAGCAAUGUGGCUCAUUACCCUGGAUUCUACAGCGCCGAUGUUGCUGGCAGCAGCGCUGCCCAUCAAACUUCGUUCGGAUGCGCUCCGCCCAACGCCUAUAGCCUCUUUCCGCCGAGACAGCAGCAGCAGCAGCAAAGGGGAAUUCACGCCAGUCCGUGCCCCAGUCCCAGUCUAGCACGUCCUUUAUUCGCUGGACAGAGCCCCACCCACAAUUCUUAUGGCCAGCACACCCAUCACGCUGGAGGUGUGAACGCGGCUCAAAUGCGGCCCGGCCUGGCGCCGACCACCACCUCAACGGUGCCGCACAACAAUCCGCAUUCCCUCCAAGUGGGAUCGCACUUACCGCUCCAGCAUCGCAACAGUUUCUGCGUCAGCGCCUUGUCGCAUCAAUCGUCGCUCUACUCUUCCUCUUCGUCCUCGACGUCGUCGUCGUCGCAGGGCUACUCUUCUUUGUCGUGCGGCGUCGCUGCUCCCGACCCCUUCACUUUCUCUCCUCCACACCGGAUGCACUUUGAUGAACUUCCGUCAGAGUCGUUGCCAUUUGCCAGCCAGUUGGGGAUCCAGCGGGCCAGGUCAGCCCCUAUGGCCAAUGGUGGCGUCAUCAACAACAGUUUGCUCUUCAGCCAGGAAAGAGACGCCUCCGAAAUGGAUUUGAAUCAUCGCCUCGAGUCGCUCUGCCUCAGCAUGACGGAACACGCGCUCGAAGGAGCCAACGACAUCUAGAGAGACGCCCUUUUGCUUUCUCCAGAAAAAUAAAAAGAUAAAAGAUGAAGAGAAAAUUUAAAGAAAAUUUACAAAAUUAAAAAAAAGAUAAAAAAAGAUUUAAAUAGAUUUAUUUGGUCACAUUUGUACAAUCUGCUCAAUCAACUCUAUCCUCGCUCCUUCUUCUCAGACUCUAUAUUUUUUACACACGUACACGUACACACACACACACACACACACAAACCACAUAUAAUAUAUAUAGAUGUAUGUAUUACACACCAACCAACCACACACAAUCCUUUCUCUUUCCGAUUCCUUAAUUUCUCUGGUUUCUCUUUUUUUUAGCUCCGGUUUAUUUUUCAGUCAGAAAUUUACGUUUUUGCUAUCGUGAUGAUGUUGGUGACGGAAUAUGUUUUCUCUCCUUUUGUCAAAUUUGUUUUUUCCCCAACACGUUGAGGCUAUAUUUGAAAAUGACGUUAAACAAAAGAAAUUCUAAUAUUAGUUUGUACAGAACAAUUGUGUGUCGAGUAGAUGGAUCAAUGGCAAAUAGAUAAGAGGGCGCGCCAGGAGGUCGACGAUGUAUAUUAUACACAUCCGAUAGAGCUCAAUUUAUUUGGUUUCUUCAUCUUUUCUUUUUUCUAGGGCACUUUCCCCAUCUUCCCCAACCAACCACCAUUUAGAAAAAAUAAGAAAGAAAACCCCAACCGAUUCUUUUUUUGUAUUAUUGCGUACGUGUGUGUGUGUGUGUGUGUGUUCUUUUCUCUUUUUCCCUCUGUUUCUCUUUCCAAAAUGUGUUCUCUCUCUUUCUAAAGCUGACGUAGUACGUGCCGCAUUUUGAACAUUUUCUGUUUCGUCUCAAAACAAGAGAAAAAAAGUCCGUUCGUUGCAGCGCAGCGGAUCGGCCCACACACAUUUGACACGCGCGCUCGUGUUCGUCCCUCGAUAGUGUUCGAUUGUUAUUAAACUUUAUUAUUAUAAAAAAUU